AUGUUUCUCCAGUAUUAUGUAAAUGAGAAGGGCUAUCACUGCUAUACACUGAAGAAAUUUGACCCUAUGGGACAACAGACUUGCCCUGCCCACCCUGCUCAUUUCUCCCCAGAUGACAAAUACUCAAAACAACAAGUAACCAUCAAGAAAUGCUUCAAGGUGCUCAUGACCCAACAACUACGUCCUGUCCUCUGUGGGUUUGUUAAGCUCUUGUGCUGCCCACUUCUAGACCAAUUAUCAGCAACUGAAUGUGUCAACCUAUGA